ACUAUUUACUGCAAUCAAAGUACUGUCGGCAACUCUGUUCACUCAUGUCACUCAAUCGGCGUCUUUUAUGUUUCGCACUUUCAUUAAUCGGUCCGUUUGGGCGAUUUCCCGACAUCCGCGGUACAUCAACUAAUUUAUCCGGUUAUUGUUAAAUUUUAUUAUUUUUUCGCCACCACUUUAUAAAAGUUUCAUGAAAAAGUGAAGUUUAAAACAUUAAAAACUGAAGUCGCCGAUAGCUUUACGCUAAAAUUGUGUUUCUACUGUUCUAAAGGAGCCUGUGGCGUAAUCAGCGAAUCUUUCCAUUAAGCAGAUUUAGCGCACUAGAGACAUUAGCAGCAAAGCCGACUGCGCUCGUGCAAGUAGCAGACACACAAGCAACAAACGUAGCAGCACCGGUAAAUCACGUAAUGGGUGGUCGUAAUAGACUCAGUGGUGGAAGUAGCGGACGUUACAGCAGCGGCAGUAGUGGCGGUUAUAGUGGAAGCAACGGUGGUGGUGGCUAUGGCGGUGGCAGCGGCUAUGGUGGUGGAAGUUAUGGCAAUGGCCGUAGCGGCGGGUAUAACAAUAAUGUAGGUUAUGGUAGUGGCAGUGGUGGCUACAAUGGCAACUAUCGCGGUAAUUUCAACGAUUAUUGUGGCUCCAAUGACAUUAAUCCAUUUAAUGGGCCAGGUGGAAAUGAUUUAAUGCAACUGAUGAGCGCAAUGGCGAGCAAUUUUAAUAUGAAUCCGCCACCACCACCGCCACCAAUGCGUAUGACUUGCGGUGAGCUGCGGGCAAAUCAUGCCGGUAUGCUGGUCGAAUUGACUGGACGACUUAUCAAAAAAAGGGUAACACGUUUUGUAGAGUUACGUGACCGCAAUGGCGGUGCAUCACAGUUGGUUAUAUUGGAAGAUAAGCAUCCACGUGUAGCACGUCGCAUGCAAAAUAUGCCCGAUAAUUCCACGCUGACCAUAAUAGGUACCGUUAAUCGGCGUCCACCGAAUUCAUGUAACCAAACUAUGCCCACAGGUGACAUUGAAGUCGAAGUGCAGCAGAUUACAAAUAUCGAUUUGCCUACCGGUGGCAAGGGUAUGGGUAAUAAGCGCACCUAUAGUACAAUGGCAAAACAGCAUAUGUGUGGCAUCACCAGUACUGAAUACAAAAUAGCAAAGAGCGAUAACGUAUUAAAGUACUUUGAGAAUCGUGACCUCACAUGUAACGAUUUGCGUCGUGAAGACAUUGGUAGGACAGUAACGCUGGUCGGUUGGAUACCACAAACAAAAACCAGCAAAUUCUUGCAGUUAAAAGAUGGUUACGGACAAACACAGAUUAUCGUUGAAGAUCAAGCGAUGCAAGACACAUGCAUAACCGCACCGGAAGGUACCGUAGUACAAGUUAGCGGCAAAGUUUUGGGCAGACCACGUGCCAGUAUUAAUUUUAAAUACGACACUGGCGAGGUAGAAUUAAUUGUUGAAUCCAUUAAGGUAUUGAACCCCGAUGAUCCCUAUGAUGGACCUAUUAAAAACAAAGAAAAAGUGCAAAAAAUGUCAAUUGAUGACGAUGAAGAAGAUACUAAAAAUGGCAAUGCUGCAGAUGGUCAAGCAGCUAGUAGUGAGAAAAAUAAAAAAAUAGCCGAUUUAAAUAAAUUUGCUGGACGUACACAUACUUGUGGUGAAUUGAGCGUAGAUAAUAUAAAUGAGAAAGUAACAAUUUGUGGUUGGUUGGAAUUUCAACGUAUGGGCAAAUUUAUUAUACUACGCGAUGCCUAUGGGCAAACGCAAGUGCUAAUCUCAAACAAAGCUAAAAGUAUGGAAAAGUAUUCGGAUGGGUUUUCACUUGAGUCAAUUAUACGUGUUGAAGGUACGGUAAUACCGCGUCCGGCUGCCACUAUAAAUCCCAACAUGGAGACCGGUCAAAUAGAAGUCGAAGCUGAGAGUAUUGAAGUGCUCAAUCCAGCUAAGAAAAAUCUGCCAUUCGAGGUGCGACGUUAUAAUCGUGCUGGUGAACGUUUGCGUUUAACCCAUCGUUAUCUCGAUUUGAGAUUCGCUGACAUGCAACAUAAUCUACGCAUGCGGUCCGCCACUAUAAUGCGUAUGCGUGAAUAUCUCAUAAAUUAUUUGGGUUUCGUUGAAGUGGAGACACCAACGCUAUUCCGACGCACACCAGGUGGCGCACAGGAGUUUGUGGUGCCUACACGUAAGGCGGGACACUUUUAUUCGCUUGUACAGAGUCCACAACAGUUCAAACAAAUGUUAAUGGCUGGUGCAAUCGAUCGUUAUUUCCAAGUGGCACGCUGUUAUCGUGAUGAGGCGACACGACCAGAUCGUCAGCCAGAGUUUACCCAACUCGAUAUUGAAUUGUCAUUCACCACACGUGAGGAUAUCAUGCAUUUGGUAGAGGAAUUGUUGCGUUACUCAUGGCCGAAGCCGUUUACACCGCAAACGCCCUUCCGACGCAUUACCUACGAGGAGGCGAUGGAGAAGUAUGGCACAGAUAAGCCAGAUACACGUUUCGGAUUUGUUUUAAGCAAUGUUACGGACAUAAUUGAAAAUAAUGAGGAAUUCGCUGGCAAAUACAAAGACCUGGCAGCCUAUGCUAUUGUUGUACGUGGCACCGAGGCGAUUUGGAAUGGCACAGCACGCAAGCAUUAUGAGAGUCUUGGCAAAGAAUUCACCGGCACUUUGUUUGUGCGCAAAUUUUUGCAAUACAAAGACGUGCUUGAACGUUUAACAAAACUUCUAAACAACGAUGUGGCCACCGAGCUAAUUGAAAAAUUCGAUUUAGAGGAGAAUGAUUUGAUUUUCCUUGGCAUAGGCGAAAAACGCGCUACACAAACCAUAAUGGGUCGCAUACGUCUCGACUAUUACAAUUUCAUCUCUGAGAAUAUUAAGCGUGAGAAGAAGGAGAAUAAAUUUAUUUGGGUGCUUGAUUUCCCAAUGUUUGAACGCAACCCGGACACAAAUCAAAUAGAGAGUGUACAUCAUCCAUUCACCGCACCACAUCCCGAUGAUAUGGAGAAAUUCAUGAACGCCAAAGAUGAUGAAUUAGUCAAUGUACGCUCACAAGCUUACGAUUUGGUAUUGAAUGGUCAAGAGAUUGGUGGCGGUUCGAUACGUAUACAUGAUCGUGAUAUGCAAUAUUUCGUAUUAGAUCAAAUUCUGAAAAUUCCACAUGAGCAUUUGAAUCACCUGUUGAACGCUCUAGAAUCGGGUUGUCCACCACAUGGUGGCAUAGCACUCGGUUUGGAUCGUUUAAUUUCGCUAAUUUGUCGUGCACGCUCUAUGCGCGAUGUUAUUGCAUUCCCGAAAUCGUUAAAUGGACGCGAUCCGCUCUCGAAUGCGCCCGUGCCGAUUUCCGAUGAAGAGAAGACGCUUUAUCACAUCGCCACACUAGAGGAUACGAGUAAAUCAACCGAGCAUGCAAUUGAGGAUGAAGAUCCGGAUUUAGUGCGUGCCUCACCAUCACCAGAGCCGCAAGUGAAGGAGGAGCCGACUGCUGUUAAUGACGUCAACGAUGUUGAUGAUGAUAUGAAACCGGUCGUGAAGCAAUCCGCCGAUACGACAACUGAUGAUGCGACCGCACCAACACCACCCACGCCAGCUGCAACUCCUGCUGUUGCUACCAGUCCAGUUGUAGCUACUAAAGCUGCUUUGAAAGCGACAACACCGGCUGCAAAAGUGGUAAAGCGAGAGGGUGUCGCCGCCACCACCACCACUACCGCGACCAAGAAAAAGUAAAUUUACAGAAUCCUUGCAACUAACUCAUAAGCACUCACAUAGUUUCGUAAAUGGAUGUGUUUCCUCAGCACGCAAUAUGUCGUUUUGCAUAGUUUUAUCUAAACAUUAUUUAUCUAUAUACACAUACAUACGUCUUAAUAUACACAAUAUUAUAGUAUAUAUUGAUUAUUUACUAAAGAGAGAUUAGUCAGUUGAAACCACAUACAUAAGUGUUUCACACCGGUAUGCCAUUACACGCAUACAAACAUUGUAAAUCUCUUAGGAAUUUUAACUUAUUGUGUGUGCUAGAUUAAAAUUAACGAUUUAUUUGACAUAUCUUUUUUUUUUAACUUUACAAAUUGUAAACCAAACAUUUCUGCAUAUACACACUCACACACACACACACAUGCAUACAAAUGCAUACAAACCAAUGUGAAAGAACAAACAAAAUG